GGCGUCCCUCACGUUGCGUCCGUCUGCAUGAUCCAAUCUUCCAUCGGCUACCCUGGAUGCUAAGUAUGCUCAGAUGCUCGGACUCCAAAGCCAAGGCAAGGACCCCCGAGUAAGCUGUGAAAAUUCUGUCAAAUUGUGGGUUCUUCAGACCUCAUCAUCCUAUGUUACUUCACCUUUCCACUUAAAGGAGAAACUGCCCAGUCUGGUAGCCGCUGUAGUGUCUGUCUCAUAUGUGUGACAUCAGAUCAUGGCUCGGAAACCAUGUAUGUCCUUGAUGCAGAAAAGCAAAAAUAAAAUCCAGAUUUGCUGCUGUUGCAUUUGAGCCGUCUGGCUCUUCCUUGGCUCUCCAGAAGACGUUCACUCUCUGACAGAUGCACCGAGCACAGAACCAGCAGAAGGGGAGGAAGAGAUCCAGGUCUUUAAGCAAUGGGGUCUCUCAUAUGUCCAGGCGAGACAAGAGGCGCUUGUAUUGUAAAUUACAGCUUUGGAUGUGGAGGAAGUGGAGAGAAAAGUGCCAUUUGGCGAUGUUCAGAGCUAAAAAACGCUUCAGCCGUGGCUCAGGCCAGAAUCUCAGUUCAAAGAGGCGGAAAAAUAAAAGGAAAGGUUCAGCCUACCACACGCUAAAUGCAGAAAAUUCCCUAACAAAAACAUCUACCUUUUUGUCAUCUCUUGGGUGUGAUACUGGAGGAUCAGAGGAUGCCAUUAGAAAGCAGAAUUGUCUGCAGAAGCUGAAUGAAUCUGACACUCUGCCAGAAGCCGUUAUUUCAUCCAACUGCUUGCAGAACCGGGAUAAGGAAACAAAUUUUGCUGCAGGGACCGAUGGUCAGACCAUACCUAGAGAAUCAUUGGUACAGUUUUGUGAAAUUAUAGACCCUUUAAGACAUUGUCACUCUGCCAAACCCCUACUGAAUACAGACAGUAACACAUACAAAGGGAUUAGACCGAACAGGACAAUACCAGCACAGAGGCUCGAGGUUGACGGCCAAUCACAACAGACUACUGUGACUCCAGGUCAGGACUAUGAGAGAGUCUGCAAUAAAAAGUCAAUAUCCCCUGAGGUUGAUGUCAGCCUGAAUGCGCUGACAAAGGACAUCCAUGAAUUUCUUGAGGACUUCUACAGGAAAUAUGGAAGUUUCAUCCCACUACAUAAGAGUGACUUGUUGAGACAUCUUAAGGGGAAAUUUAACACUGAUUUUAGUGACAGGAAAAACAUAAUCUUCUCUGAAGUUAUCAGAUACCGAGCUGUGAUCCUUCAGAAGCCUGUCCUACGCUUUCAGGUGCUCUACAAGAAACACACAUUGACUCUGGACGAUUUGUUGACACUGGCUGAUCAGAACUGGCUCAACGACCAGGUCAUGAACAUGUAUGGGGAACUGAUCAUGGAGUCUUCCCAUCACAAGGUCCAUUUUCUUAACAGCUUCUUCCACCGGCAGCUCAUGACCAAAGGAUAUGAUGGUGUUAAGCGAUGGACGAAGCAGGUGGAUUUGUUUUCUAAGAGCCUUCUUUUGGUGCCCAUCCAUCUGGAGGUUCACUGGUGUCUGGUGAUAGCCGACAUUGUCAAUAAGAAAAUCUGUCUUUACGACUCUCAAGGGAACGCACUCCAGAAAGUUGCAAGGAACAUCCUGAAAUACUUGAUGUCAGAAGCAAAAGAAAAGAAGCAAACUGCUUUUGAAAGUGGGUGGACGGUGGCAUUUGAUGAGGAAAUCCCCCAGCAGACCAACGAGAAUGACUGUGGAGUUUUUGUUUUGGAGUAUUCUCGAUGCCUUGCUCUGACAAGACCCCUCCACUUCUCACAAAAGGACAUACCAAAGAUACGAAAGAGGAUCUACAAAGAGCUCUGUGAUUGUAAGCUGCAUGAACAGGACUGAUGAGUCAUUAACUCGUGGGAUGUAUGUAUUGGUGAUGAUAAAUGCAGCUUCUAAUUAUGAAGAAAGCAGUUUGUCCGUUGUGUAUGGUGUCAUUGUGUUAGCAGCUCCACAGCAGCCUUACAUCUUGUACAUAUAAUAUGAAUACAUGAUCCCUGCUGCAAAAUAUUAUCCACUGGUCAGGUUAAACUAUGGUUCUUUUUGUAACUACUGUAUAUGAUAAAUAUUUAAUCAGGCAUGUUUUUAAAGGAAGGAAAGUGGUUUUACCCGGAGCCACCAGAAGAGCCUUACUAAAUCUGUCCUGGCCUGUGUUCGUACAGAUGCUACUCAUUAGGGCCCGAGCACGAACUGUGCGAAGGCCCUAUUGUAUUUGCUCCGUUUAUUUUAUUUUAUUUUAUUUUUUAUUCAGGCAAAAGACGUGCCUUUUUGGGGGCUUUAUCAUAUUCAAAAACUCAUGAAACUUUGCACAUGCAUCACACCUGGUGAAAAUUUACGUAUUUUAAUGGCCUCGGGCAAGGGCCAGCCAAAAUGCCUCAGUAGCGCCCCCUAAAGUCCAGCCCCACCACUGUGUUUCACAUACAUUUAUGAAACUUGCUACACAUAUGUAUCACAUCCAUACGCACAAAAAAUCCUCUUGGAGCCAUGCUCUAAACCCAACAGGAAGUCGGCCAUUUUGACUCAAACAUGCAAAUUUGGCGAUGUACACAUAUGUAUCACAUCCAUAAGCAACAAAAAAUCCUCUUGGAGCCAUGCUCUAAACCCAACAGGAAGUCGGCCAUUUUGACUCAAACAUGAAAUUUGGCGAUUUGCACCCUUCAGACUUUCUCUAAUAACUCAAAGGUUUUAGAACUUAUCAACUUCAGAUUUGGUGUGUUUCAUCUACACACAAAGGGGAAUCUACGUUUAAAAAAUGGUGAGUUUUUGACCAGGGGGCGUGGCCCUUAUGCCCCCCUGAAUUUUGAUCAUUCGCCAUGAAAUUUUGAUUGGCUCUAAUUCAUACCUACAUAAUCCAAUCUGGAUCAAACUUUCUCAGUAGGAUACGCAUCCGGUCCUGAAUACAUACAUAUGACAAUAUUUAAUAACAGUCGCAGCGCCACCUAGUGGUAACAGGAAAUUUCAUGUUUUACACUUUGAGGUCCAGCUCCACAGUGAUAGAGCAGAAUCAUCUCAAAUUUGCCCUGGAAAGCCUUAAGGAGUUGGGCUUACACUGUUUUAAAAACUGUGAGCUUUUGCCAAAAGGCGUGACCCUGGCGGGAGGGCAAAGUUUGAUGUUUCACCAUCAAGACAUAAAGGGCUGUAACUCAAAGACACAUUACCCAAUCUGCCUCAAACUUCAGUGGUUUAAUAAGCCUCCUGCCCUGAACACAUUGAUAUGUAUAAAGUUCAUAAACAUUACAGCGCCA